UUAGCAAAUCCUCGAGAAAAAAAAAACGGUGGAAAACCUUCCGGAUGUCGGAAGAACCCAUCGCGAAAGAGUCAACAAGGAGAACCUACGGCCGCCGCGUGCUACUGUGCCGUCUGUGUCUCCACGAGUACCCCAACGAUGACCUGCACGAAAUAUUCACCCGCGGUUCGGACUGGAAGAAGCGAAUCACCCGAGCCGUCGGAAUCAAGCCGCACCGAAAUGACUACGCCACUCGGAUUUGCACCACCUGCCGGAUGAUGAUCGAUCUGAUAGCGUGCUUCCAGGACAUUUGCCAACAGACGGAACGACUGAUGGUUAAGGGACACACUCUCAGCGCGGACCGCUGGAAGCAGGCAUCCGGGUUGAUCGAUUCGCUCUGGAGUCUGAUGGAUCGGCACAGAGAAACGGUGCUGGAGGCUGAUGAACCGGUCGAAACUGCCAUCAUCGAAACGGAGCAGGAAAUUUUCAAAGUUACCGUUCCGGAGGAGAGACCAUGUGAGUUUAUGGAAGAGAUCAAAGAGGAGGAGAAAGGAGAUGCGGACGAGCAAAAAUCGGUGCUACAGUUGGAUAUUAAGGAGGAAGAGGACGAGGAUGAUAAUCAGGAUUACAACUAUGAAGUUGAUUUGGUAGGAGAUGUGGCGGACUCGGAUCAGGAAGAAGUAGAUGAGGAAGAGGAAGAAGAGAAGCCAAAGAGGAAACGUGGCAGGAGAAAGCAGAAUUAUUCGGAGCGGAAGAUGAAAAACGAAAAGGUGAUGUGCGACACGUGCGGGGAGUUGAUUUCGCAGGUCUGUCUGGAGGGUCAUCUGAAUCGGCACCUGGGCGUGAAGCCGUUUGUGUGCGAAAUCGAAGGCUGCGGAAGGCGAUUGUACUCGAAGUAUAGCCUACAGCAGCAUCGGCAUUUGCACAAGAGUAUAAUGAGAUUCUACGAUUGUCAGGACUGCGGCAAACGGAUCAAGGGAACGAAUUGCUGGAUGCGACACCGGAAGCUGCACACGGAGGAUCCCAAGCAUGAGUGCGACGUUUGCGGGAAGAAGUUCCGCCGGAAAUUCGGGCUGAAGUUGCAUUCCGUGGUUCAUACAGGAGUGGCACUCUUCCCGUGCGAGAUUUGUGGUAAGCGCUUUACGGUGAAGCACAACCUGGGAGCUCACUACAAGACACACAUGCGAAAUGGUACCUACCCGGCGCAGCAGCAACGGAUACAGGAAGAGGAGGAGAAACACAGCUAUCCAGCUGAACAGGAGCAGAAUUGUAGCAUGAGGUACGAUUCGGUUCAAUGAAAGGAUGCAUGUUAAUUCGAUGAAUGGGUACUUUUCUGGUUAUCACAUCAG